AACCGUUUGCAACUCUCCCUGAGAUUAUGCAUUCAUACUUUCCAAUGAUCGUCAAUAGUUGCCACUUCCGGACCCGCCGCAAUCCCCGUAAGGUCAUACUAACGGGGAGAUGAUAAGGUUGACAGUGAAGUCUACGGGGUUACUCCUAAAUGACUUCCCCCACCCGUCCUUCCAUCCACCUGUCAGUACGAUACCACUCAGUGGCUCGUCUCUAUAACCUUCCCCUCGUAUCCCUCUUCUAGACAAACCUCAAGAUCAGCCAGGAACAUUCACACCCCACCUUAACAUCUCCAGGAUUGAACACAAUGUCAUCCACGGUCGCGACAUCCACACCCCUGACCAGAAGGCAAUCACACCUGAACGAGAAACUCCCAGCCCUGGUAGACGCCUCACACGCGACGAGGAGGGACCUUCCACCCGAGUCAUCAAUUCUACCAUACUGGCUCGUCAACAUCCCGCCUUCCCAAUGGACCGCCGAAUGUCCCAACUACCUCCGUGGCAUCUCCCAAAAGAACAUCGACAUCCUCUCGACCCCAGACCAUCUGUACCAGCGCCAAAGCUGGGGCCUAGUCAAAGAGCUCGUCCGCACGAACAGGAUCGACCGGUUCCAGCGCCUCCCCAGCGAUCUGCGCCGGUAUCUGGAGUACAAGGAGCGGAUAGUCGCGGAGUAUGGCUCGGUGAUGCGCUUCGUCGUGAAGGAGCGGCUGCAUUGGGGCGAGGGGUUGCAGAGUGAUCUCCAAGCCCGAGGUGAACCGUUCGAAUUCGAUGAGGACAUCCGCAUCCUAUACAACGACUGGCCGUACGGCCUGGAGCCAGACGUCGUGCACCUGGUCGUCUGGACCAAGUUCCCGCUGGAGGACGAUCCGGUCGUGGAUGAUUUGACGCCGCGCGCGCGACGCGAGAUCGAGGAGUUCGUGGCGCGCACGUUUUAUCCGAGGGUGCCGCCGGAGCAGGUAAUCUGGUUCAGGAAUUGGAGGUCGCUUAAGUCGGUGCAUGCCGUCGAGCAUUUCCAUGUCAUGUUGUAUCGGCCCGAUGGCGCGUUUUUGGAGAAGAUUACCCGCGGCGAUCGGAGGCCCACGUGAUCGCGGGAGUGGACUGACUGCUUGGUAGAUGAUGACCUUUCAGCAUAGAAAGCUUGGGGACCGUUUUGUAGGUACGUGUCACAGCGACAGUUUGGUAAGAGAAGAAAGAAGAGAGGGGUUUGAAUGAGUUGCACAGAUUUAAUGGGUUUUUACAUAGAAUGGCCAUGUUGCUAGAUGUCAAGGAAUUGGAUCUACGAUUAACACAGCGGUUCCCUUGGACUCGUCGCCUGAUAGUCUUAGUUGAUCGUCACACCAGAUGGAUGUUGGCAAACUUGAAAAAGGGUGAAGAAAUUUAUUUAUUUAUUAUUAUUGUAUAUACCGCG